GAAAGUAGAAGUGGGAGAACUCAGCUGAUUUGGUUGCCAGAGUACUUCAAAUUUGUUUGUGUAUUAUCUAAUUUGGUUGUGUAUUAGAUAAAAUGCCAUCUUGUUCGUGGUUAACAACUAUUCAAAAUGCCAAGAAAACUGCUGUUAUUGAAAAUCGACAAAAAAAAGUUCAUUAUCUAUUUGAAGAUGGUAAAGAAAUGGUAGAAUGCUACAACAUAGAUACAAAUGUAGUAGUACGAAGAGUAUGGAAAAAAAGAAGUACAUUUGGGACAGAUAUUGGUUGGGAUGUAGAAGUUGGUGAUCCUGAACCUAAACAAAACUAUCAAAACCAUCCUGAACAGAAUGUCGAAACAGUUAUACAAGUUAUACAAGAAAGUGCAAAUGUUCCAAUUAUUACAAAAAGAAUUACAAAAAGAUCCCUGGAAUGGCGAAUUCGGAAUUUACCAUAUCCAGAGAAUGUAUAUUCGGUUACUGCUAAAGAUGAUGGCACUAUAACUGUAAGCACAAGCAACAAAAAGUAUUUCAAAAAGAUACAUGUUCUAGAUCUAGAACGAAUUGGAUUAAAACCAGAACAGGAAAGGAUAUCAUUUAUGCAUCGAUACAAUACUUUAAUAAUAACGUAUGAAAAGCCACCCGAACUUCUCAAUGUGGAAAACAAAAUACUAAAGAUUGCUUUGCAACUGGAGACACAACCUACAAAUGUACAAUGUCCGAUUAGUUAAUAAAAAAUAUAAGUAUAAUUCUUGUUAUUCUGAAAAAGUACUUACAUGUACUUUAUUUCUGGUCAUCUAAAAAUUUAUUUAUAAUACUUGACAUGCACAACUUUUAUAAUAGUUAUUAAAUAGAUAGUAUAGUCUGCAAAACAUUGUCACAAGUUCUUUUGUAUUUUGAGCUUUAUUUAAUAUUUGUACU